UUGGUUUCCCUGUUAAUAGAUGCACCCUGUUGUUGUGACUGGAGCUGGAUAAUCAUGGAGUUGAAAAAAGAAAAUCCAGAUAAAUAUUACAACUUAAAUGAGGAAAUUGGAAGGUAGAAUAUUUUACUUUAGUCACGGAAGAUAACCAAGUCAGAGGCUGUAGGUAACCGAGCGGAUACAAAUAACCAAGGAAUGUGAUAAGUUGUUUGUGAAAGACGACCGUUUUUUUCGCGCGCAAUACGUUAGUAGCAGAGUUGAAUUUGUAAGUUUUAUAGUUUAACCAUAGAAAGCUUCUUCCAAAGGUUUCACCGCAUACAUCUGAGGAGCAUAUUAAGCAGUAUCUUUCUUGAAGCUGACUGUGUCGCGGAACAUGUACCUGCACAUCGAUCAGAACGUUGACUCAAAUAGUCUAGACAGCAGUGAGGUACAUCUCACUAAAGAUAUUUCAUGCUGCGUGGUUAUCGUUGAAUUUGGGCUGAUUUCCCGCUUUUUGUCGAAUUAACGAUUUCUUUUACAGUCUAAUUUGGCUUACCUUUACAAUUGAACUUAAUGAGAAGAACGUAACGUACUAUCUUCUCAAAAUUUUUCCUAAUCUUUCUGUCAAUUUUAGUGUUUAUGUCGUUAGUAGAGCUAGUAUAAAUUUUACAUUUUACUACAGAAAGAGAGCAUUUCGCAAUUAAUCAGAGAUACCUUUCGAAAUUUUUCCUUCGUUAUCCUGCUCAUUGUUUAUUCUACCAUUCAGAGCUAAAAAGGUAUUUUUCUGACCCCAAGCAAAGGUCAUGAUAAUGGUAUUAUUCUUAAAAUUCUAUUCAUUUGUUUCCUAAACUGGAAACACUUAACGAGUUUAAAUGACGAGUGAAGGGAAGUGUUUGACACCCUAAAACAAGUGAUGUUGUUAGUCACUUAAAACUCACCUGUGACUCUUCACGAACGGCAAACUGCUUUAUACAUCUGCUCUCUGCCUAAGUUAAAAUUUUAAGAGUGCUUUGAAAUUCAGGUCUCAAUCCAGCCUCAUCAGGGUGGAAAGAAUCAGAAAAAAUGUCAGAUUUCCGACGAGAACUUUUAUUUAUAGUAACGUGAACUGAGAUUUGUCGUUGAUUUCGGGAAAUAUAAAAGGAAUAGUUUUCAUUCUUUACGCACAGAGCGUAGUCAAUAAUUCACUCAAUGGGUCUAGUUAAAUUCCCCGCAUGCUACAGGGGUAAUUUUUGUGUCCGACAAAAAAUUUAUUUGAAGAGAAAAUUUUUUUUCACUGUUUUCCGAUCUUCUAUUAAAAACUGUAAGAUUCUCGACUCUUCCUGACCAAUCACUUAUGAGUACAAACAUGAUUAUGUGCAAAUAGCUACCUACAAAUACCGAUACCGCUCACACUUACUAGGCAAAAGAGUUAUGUUAGGUACACUCAAUAUUCAGAUGCGAAUUUUUUUUUUCAAAGCACUCGGGUAUUCAGUAAGAUCUGAAAAAGUGGUCUCUCAUUCCAGUAACUCGCCUGUUUCUUUGUAUGGAGUGGUCUUCUCAGGAACUUACACGUGAACUCAAAGCAUAUAGUUUGUUACUCAAAGUUGAUGUUGAAAAUUAUUCGAGGUAUCACUUUUUUUUUUUACAAAACAGCUGCCGGAGCAAAAAGGCUUUUAACCCGUUACUUCGGUUAGGAGGGGAAAAUUGAGCAUAUCGACAAUACAGUGCAGGCAAUUUGCGCACUGCGUUAUCUAAAACAUUUAAUCAUUGACAAAAUGGGCAUGAAAAGUGUCUGCGUCGUAACAGGUACAGUUAUGUCUUUUGAAUAUUCAGUCGUAGCCGCGGAGAUUAAAGAAGGCAUGGUAUUCCACACUGUAUCUUUGCUAUAUUACUGUGCGGAAUCAGUUAACUUUUUUCUUCUAUCCAUUGCCAGAGGUAAAUACGCCGUUGUCAAAAAUUGCUCAGACAAUAAAACGAGGAAACAAUUAGUUGCCAAGCUGAUCAAGUACGAGGCUGAUACCGAGAAGAACACAAAGCAAGAAUUCGAGAUAAUGGCAACCCUUAAACACGAUAAGCUCCUGUCGGCUCGAGAUGGAUUCAUCGUCCAAAAAUAUGUGGUUAUCGUAAUGGAUAGGUGGGUACCAUUUAUCAACCACAUAAUAAUCAUAACACCACUGUCUAAGUCAAAUUUGUGGCAUAAAUCACGUGGGCCACUAUAAGAAUAACUGCGUGUUUCGAAAGCCUUUCCUCCGUCAUUAUCUCCCCCUGGGGAGCGUUUCAGAUUAACUUUGACAGAGAUCAAAUGCGUUCCUUUUUCGUUCAUAGGGUUGAAGGAAAAGAAGUACUAGAAUUCCUGGCUGAAAAAACCAUUGCAAGUGAAGAGGAUGCGUCCCUUGUCAUUGCUCAGCUUGUUGAUGCUCUUACUUAUCUACACAAGAAGAAUAUUGUUCAUCUGGAUAUCAGGGUGAGAAAGAAGAAUUUUUGUAACGACCUCACACAUCGGAGCAAAGAAGAAACCUCGUUUUGCUCAAUUACAUGUCCAUCUGAUAUUAUUAAUCCUAUUGACGCAUUUGCUUUAAUUUUAUUUCAAAUGAAACAGCCGGCAAACCUUUUGGUGUCCAGAGACUUUAAACUGACUCUAAUCGAUUACGGGAACGCCAGGCGGAUCCAAUCUCCCGAUGGCCAAUUUGUUGACGCGGUUGGAGUCACUGAGUUCACAGGUGGGAAAUGAUUUUGUGAUAUUAUAUGAUUCUCGAUAUUAAGAGAAUAAAUCGUGGGAAGAAUUAGAAGUGAACUUUCGAUUACCAGAAAUGGUAAGGUUGAACCUUUAGUGAAAUAGAGACUUUUACCACAGCCACAUUGUCGACCUUUUUCUCAUGUUUUCAUCUUUUCUAUCACAAAUCAAGAAUUUCUCUAAAUCACUUUUUCGUCAACGAUAUAAUUUUUCAUUCAUUCUGUCGCUGACCUUCAACCUCAAAACCCUCCAGUUCCUUCGGAAAAAACAUUCAUGAAUGCAAGAAACUCUUCAACAUUAAUUUUGUUGCAUUGUUGGUCUCUGAUAUUUUGAUUUUAGCUCCAGAGGUACUCAACUUUGAGAUGACCCAUUGGGGAGCAGACAUGUGGAGUGUGGGAGUACUCCUGUACAUAUUGUAAGUCUUCUUAAAAAGUAAAAACAAAACCAACAAGAAAUCACAAACGUUGAGAUGCUUUGGUUUACUGACUGACCGAUCAAUCGAUUGCCGCAAUGAUUCCAAUUUAGCGCCCUCCUUCCCAUAAGCGCCCCUUCUCUAAUAAGCGUCCCUACUGAGUAAGCACCCUCAUUCCAAUAAACGCCACUAUUCUGUUUCAGUAAUAGCACUGUUAAAGUACAUAUACAUUGAGAUCAACCGUGCUUCAAUUUCUUUUAAUUGCUCACUUACAAGCAUCAUGAAAAAAACAGUGGUCUUCGUCUCAGUCUGUCGACUAUUAUGUUCCGGUGAGUGCACAAUUCCUUCAAACGAAAUAUCCCGUCUUAAAAUUUUGUGACUAUUGCUUGGCUAGUCGUUCUAGCAAGGAAGGAUCCAAGGACAACAAGUCCGUUUUCCAGUCUUUUUUAUCCUUUUCAAAUAAACAUCAAAGCUUUGUUUCAUAUCCUGCUGUUUCUCAAAAAAGAAAUAAGCGCCCUCCCUAAUACGUUCAGUGAGCACCCUGUUACGAAUAAGCGCUUUCCCCUGAAGUUCCAAAAGCAAAUACGCGCCCCGGGCGCUAAAUCGAAUCAUUACGGUAAUCGGUUAAUUAACUGUUGGAUGAACUGGGUGAUUUCUUGAUUAAUUGUUUAAUUUAGUUAAUUAGCCGAUUGAAUGAUUUAUCUUUACAGGUUAAGUGCUACCCUACCCUUCACCAUAGAGGACAGUGACGACCAAAAUGCUGACGACAAAGUUGCUGCAAAAGUCAAAUCAGUUUCAUAUGAAAUGCCGGUCAGCUUGUUUCGCAACGCUACACAAGAAGCCGAAAAUUUGAUCAAGAAACUUCUUAUUAGACAGCCUGAGUAAGUAUCGCAUUCUUAGUUUGAAACAGUCGUCAGUAAACCAAUAGAUCGGAUGCUAAAUGACUGAAUGAGCCGUGAACAUAUAUUCCAUCAGAGUUUUGUCUUAUUUUAGGAGACGACCGACAGCUUCAUCCUGCUUAGAUGAUCCCUGGCUCUCGGUAAGACUCUAACAUGAUGUUCAACUGGUACACUUGUAGUUCACGCGAAAAAGAAACUCUGAUGGAAAAUGAAGAAGCUUAAAAAGUUAUUAAAAAAAAUUGAGCACACCGCUCUUCAGCGCCAUUCGCUCUCUCCUUGUUUAGCAAGAGAACCUCCGCAUAGCCAGCAUCUAUAAAAUAACAGCUAACUUCACCGUUAAUGAUGGUAAUACAAACGAGUGGAGUCCAAUUCGGUCUGUAACCAUCGGAGUGAUUAGAGUGAUUUAGCACGAAACGGAACGACAGCGACGCAAAUCAUAGAAAAAAAAUUACUUAGUGGGCUUCAAAAAUUGAUACUUUUAGAUGAAUUAGCAGACUCGAGACUUAACUGGAAUGAAAUAAUUUCAAAGUUUAAUCGCCCAUGUGGAUUCAUAUUUACAAAUUACUUGCCGUAUCUAUAACUAUCCUCUGUUUGCGCUUGUUAUACAACUCUCAAAGAAUAUAAUUUCUUGGUCUAUGAAACCAAAAAUUCAAAGGUGAUGGUGAUCUUAAAAGAACCGAAGUUAUGAUAUUCAAGGACAAAUAUAAAGUUGACGGCUCGAUGCAAUGACUGCUAAGUCACUUCUGAGACACAACAGGGUGACGUUCACGACCCAGUUUCUCACCGUAUUUUUGCUGCGCGCGCCGUUGUCAACAAAAUCGGACGACCGCGAAGCGGGAGUCCAAUUUGUCAAUCACUCGUAUGAUUACAGAUAGAAUUGGACAACACGAAGUCUUGUUACCAAUUAAUCAAGACUAUGACAAAAUUUGGGAAAGAAACUGGACAUCGGUUGUACGUUUUCAUAUAAAAAAAGUAACAGUUAACUCGGCGAAAUGCAAAACAACAGCGCGCGUACAUGACGCGUUCUGUCCACUUACACAGGCAUCACGAGUUAACUGUCCUAUUAUCAUUAUCAAUUAUAAGCAUAACGCGUACACUGUCCUAUUAGUGCUCAAAUCGAGCUGGUGAUAACCAAUCACGUUCGAGAAUUUUGUUAUAGUUUUGAUUAAUAAAUGUAAUGGGACCGAGUGGAGUCCAAUUCGGUCAGUAAUCAUACGAUUGAUUGACAAAAUCGGAUGACCGCGAAGCGGGAGUCCGACUUGUCAAUCACGAGUAUGAUUACAGACUGAAUUGGACGGCACAAAGUCCUGUUACCAAAUAAUCAUAACUGUUACAAUUUCCGAAAACAAAAAUACAUUUAGGACAAAUAUGUGCAGCAGAGACAAUAUCUGAGUAUAAAAAUUCUUCAACUUUAGAAAUUCCACAACUUUUUUAGGAUAAGUGGUUGUUGCUAAUGGUUAUUGUGAUCAAUUUUGUGAUUGGUGAAUUUGACUGAAAGGACUAAGUAUUAUUGGCUGCUUCAACUGUCCGAUUACAGGUGUCCGAUUACAGCCAACUGUCCGAUUACAACUCUACGAAAUGAUUAGUGAAAAAUAAGGCAGCUACUGCGCCAGACACAUUUGAGGAAAUUGUGCUGAUUAUGAUUAAAUUUGAAAUUAAAAAAUGCACAUUGCAUUGAUGCGGAUAUUUGUCUUUUCAGCCCAUCCUUACUCAGAAAAGGAAAUCCUCCGAGAUACCAGCUUCCAAAUUUAAAUUCCUAAAUGAUCAGCUGAAAGAAGCGGUAAGUGAGUGAAAAACAACCUAAAUCGAUUAACCUAGUUAAUUAUUUCUACAAUUAUGGAUAGGAGAAGAUGCUGAAAUGUUCUGUAUUCAAAUGUUUAUAAUUCAAACAAGAAUAGCAAUUGUCAGUAGGGACGUCUGGAUAGCGUUGUGACAAUGAGUAAACAGGACAGUCAGUUAGUUAUCAGUAAGUGAGUUAUUUGAUGAAGAGACAGUAAAUAAAUUGUCAGUCACUCAGUUAGUUAGUCAUUCAGUCAGCAAUCCACCAAUCAGCCAGUCAGUCAGCCAUUCAGUCAACCCGCCAGUCAGUCAGUCAGUUAGUCAGUCAUUCAGUCAGCAAGCCAGUCAUUCAGUCAGCAAUCCACCAGUCAACCAGUCGGUCAGUCAUUCAGCCAGCCAUUCAGUCAGUCAGUCAUUCAGUCAAUCAUUCAGUCAAUCAUUCAGUCAGCAAUCCACCAGUCAGCUAGUCAGUCAUUCAGUCAGCCAGUCAGUCAUUAAGUCAGUCAGCCAGUCAUUCAGUAAGCAGUCAGUCAGUCAGGUAGUCAUUCAAUCAGCCAGACAGUCAGUCAGCCAGUCAUUCAGUCAGCAGUCAGUCAUUUAUUCAUUCAGUCAGUCAGUCAGUCAGCCAGUUAGUCAUUCAGUCAGUCAGUCAUUCAAUCAGCCAGACAGUCAUUCAGUCAGCCAUUCAAUCAGCCAGUCAGUCAUUCAGUCAGUCAACCAGUCAGUUAGGCAGUCAGUUAUUCAGCCAGUCAACCAGUCAGUUAGGCAGUCAGUUAUUCAGCCAGUCAGUCAGUCAGUCAGUCAGCCAGUGAGUCAUUCAGCCAGUCAGUCUGACUGGCUGACUGACUGAUUGUCAGGCAGGCAAUCAUUCAGUCAGUCAGUCACUCAGUAAGCCAGUUAGUCAUUCAGUCAGCCAGUCAUUCAAUCAGCCGGUCAGUCAGUCAUUAAGUCAGCCAGUCGGUCAUUCAAUCAGCCAGUCAGUCAUUCAGUCAGCCAGUCAGUCAGUCAGUCAGUCAGUCAGUCAAACAGUCAGGCAGGCAAUCAUUCAGUCACUCAGUCAGUUAGCAAGUGAGUCGAUUAUUCUCACGGUCAGCUAAGGAACCAGCCAGCCAGUCAGUGGUACCUAGUCAGUCAAUCAGUUUGUCAGCCAGCUAGUCAGUCAGCGGCACCCUGUCAGUCAAUCAGUCCGUUAGCCAGUCAUUCUGUCAAGCAAUCAGUCAAUUUAUCAGCCAGUCAUCAGCGUAUACCAGGAUACCAUGGUUACUAAAUGCAGCAUUUGGUUUGCAUUAUUUUAGGAAGAGGACGAACUGAUUGUUGCUUCGUGCGUUCUUCGCUCGUUUGACGAAGAAGCUUAUGAGUCCCCCGAGGAGGAAGAGGAGGAGGAGGAGGAGAAGGAGAAGGAGGAAGAGUAG